AUGGCACCGAGAUCAACCAAAGUAAAGAAAGCUGCAGAUGUCAAAGUGCCUGAAAAUGAUGCUCCCAAAAAAGGUCGUGGCAAAGCUAAAAAUGUAGAAGAACAGGAAUCAGAAAACAUAGAGCCUAAGUUACUUGAAAAGACAGCAUCCGUACCUGAAAAAAAGAUAAAGCGCGGAAAGAAGGUUGUAAGUGAUACAAAUGGAGAAGAGAGUAGUAGUGUCAAAAGUGAUGAUACUAUUUCAUCAGCCAAAAAAGGCAAGAAAAAGAAUUCGGAGGAUAAAAAGGAGAGUGAUCCAGUUAAUGGUGAUAAUCAUAUUGAAAAAGAUACUACACCUGUAGAUGAAAGUGACCAGGAAAGGGACCCUUUAGCAACUAAUAGUGAUACAGAGGAAAUAGAAACUGCACCAAAAGGUCAUAAGAAACCUCAAAAAAAAGAUGUUGAAGCUAAGACUAAUGAGUCUGGGAGAGGCAAGAAAAAGACUAAACAAGAGAAGAAUACAGAAGGUGGACCAGAAGAUGUUGAAAAUGGAAAGGAAAAGUCAAAGACCACAAACAAAGGAAGAGGACGUAAAACCCCAGCUAAAGUUGAAAGUGAACCUAUUAUGGAAGAAAAGAUUGAACCUGAUGAAGACGAGGCAAAGGCAGGACCAGUUGCUACCAAAGGAAAAAGAAAGGCCCAAAAUAAACCUAGAAAAGAAAAAAUAUUUGAAAAUGGGGAACAGGAGGUCAAAGAAGAAAAUGACAAUGUAGAAAAUAAAUCCGAGAAAGACACAAAAAAGAAAGAGAGUAAGGGAAAGAAGAAUCAAGCAAAGAAAAUGCAAGUGGAGGAUGCAAAUGAGAAGGAAGAGGUUAUCACAGAAAAACCUGUUGCAAAGAAAAGGAAGACCACAAAGAAAGAUACUAAAGCUAAAGGUGACACAAAAGAAGAAGAGGUUAUGGAGGAAGAGCCUUUAGAAGAGAAACCAGCCAAAGGCAAGAGGCGGCAAAAGAAGGCAUUAGAGAGUCCUGUUGAAGCAGAAGAGGAACCUCAAGACACUGGGGAACAACCAACUAAACGUCGCCGUAAACAAGCUGAAGAGAAGGCUCCUGCUGCAGAUAAAAAAAAGGCGGCGCUGAAAAACAAAGCUGCAACCAACUAUGAAGAGUUAGACUUUGCUAACUCAUCUAAAAAUGCGCAAGGCAAGGAAUGGAACUAUAAGAUAUCCAGUUGGAAUGUGGAUGGUAUAAGAGCCUGGCUAGGAAAAGGGGGUUUGGAGUAUUUAAAACAUGAGAAACCUGACAUACUUUGUUUGCAAGAAGUCAAAUGUGCACAAGACAAACUCCCUGAAGAAUUGGUAAAUGUGCCUGGUUACCAUGCUUACUGGUUAUGCAGCGACCAAGAUGGCUAUGCCGGUGUAGGGAUCUACACAUCAAAAUUAGCAAUGAAUGUUCAGUAUGGCUUGCAAAAUGAGGACCUGGACAGUGAAGGUCGCAUUAUAACUGCGGAAUACGAACAUUUCUACUUGAUAAGUACAUAUGUUCCUAAUGCAGGACGUAAACUAGUCACUCUACCCAAAAGACUGCAGUGGAACGAGGCGUUCCGCAAAUACGUUAAGGAUUUAGAUACAAAAAAACCUGUGAUAAUAUGCGGCGACAUGAACGUGGCUCACAACGAGAUAGAUCUAGCAAAUCCUAAGACAAAUAAGAAAAACGCUGGAUUUACUCAAGAAGAACGUGCUGGCAUGACGGAAUUGCUCGGGGAUGGUUUCGUAGACACAUAUCGACACCUAUAUCCCGAUACAAAAGGUGCCUACACAUUCUGGACUUAUAUGAUGAACAGUCGAGCUAAAAAUGUUGGAUGGCGCCUCGACUAUUUCAUCGUUUCGGAGAGAUUGCUGCCUUCAAUUUGUGACAGUGUCAUCAGAGAUGGAGUUUAUGGCAGUGAUCAUUGUCCAAUAUCGCUAUAUUUGCAUCUUAGUAGUGCUGUAAAACUUAAAUAA